UAUAGUACACAUGCGCGCUGCACCGCUUUUCUUCAUAAUAUACAUUCGUCAUUCACAACAACCUCGUGACCAACGCUUUUGUCGCACCGCCAAUAAAGCCAACGAGCACCACUAAUAACUUGUACUGUUUUCCACCGUUCUCUCUUGUAUAUUUUGAAUAAUCGUUAAAUUGUAAUCAACAAGCCGCGUUGUUCAAUUAUUUCAUUUUCUCGUCACGCCCCACGUGACUUGGUUGGAGGUAGUCGAUACGCCUACUAAACCGCAACCUCCACAAUAGUAUUAAUUGUUAAAACCGACGCGCCGUACACACGCACAGAUAUACGCAUAUACAUAGAGUGGAUAAGACGCGUCGCACAAAUGUUCAUUUGGUGCGGAAUACAAAGACCGACAAUAUUAUGUCGGCAAGAGACGCACCAAUCAGACGUCGAGUCAACUUACCUGUACCGCGCUACACCGCUCGAAUUUCAAGAUUCAACGCGAUGCGCAGUGUGAUCCCGGCUAGACGACGUGUUCCAGACAAUACUUCGCUCGUCUUUGGCCUUUGUUUGCUGCCCUAAAACCGACUGUCGGACUAAGCUCGCGUACCUAUCGUAUUUUUGCCAAAUAGUCGUGUGGUUAAGUCGUCGCGCUGGUGAUUAGCAUAAGACGCGUUGCGUUUAUACGCCUUGUUUCUCGCCCGUGAUGGUCGUCAAUGUUGACGUUACCGCCGCCGAAGUGAAUCGAUGCGAUCGUCAUUCGGCUCUAACGAAACCACUACCAAUCCCGCUGUUCACUUUCCAGCAUGGAGUUUGUGUGUGCUCUGCAAGUUGCGGAAGUCAAUCGGUUAGCUUCACGUCCUGUCCAGGGCGACCAGAGUGAUUCCGCGCCGGAAUCAACCCAAGCUAUAUACUUGCUACUUGUUUAAUCACUGUACCGCCGAAGCAGCCACCGUUGUUUCAGAGGACACAUAUUUCAUUUUUCACGGAUCCCGCUGAGUGGUUGAUUUGUAUAUCCUGACGCUGGUCAGUGUCAUUAUGCAAAUCUUCGAUAACAUGUCUUCAAGUGUAAAAGAAAUGCUUGAAUGUGACCCUAAACGUAAAAUAUCUAAUUCAAAUGUCACAAGUUUUGCAUCAAAAGGAGCCAAAAAGUUUAAACUAGAUAAACCUGAUAAGGACAAUAGUAUCUUGUUUGAUAGAACAGUUUGUGUUGUACCAGCUAAUAUACCUCUAGAAAGGAAUUUCCCUCGGAAUUUCCAGUAUCCUACUAUUGAGAGUGGACAAACUGUAUAUGCAAUGCAGUUAACUAUAAAAGGUUCAUGUUAUGAUCCUAAUUCUAAAUAUGAUGAUGAAUUUUAUGCUGGUAUAGCAGCUGAACCUCCAAAUAUGCUUAAUAACUUUCGAUACUUGAUUUUUUUUUAUGAUAGUAAAGUUCAAUAUCGACAACACCAAGGUAUUCGUUUAAUUGCACGUUGGAGAAGUAUACAUGUUGUAUAGAUGAAGUAGAGAAUUCCUGGUAUUUUAUAAAAAGUUAUUUGGAAAAUUAUCCAAACCGUCAAAUGUUGACCAAUCAACAUUCAGUACUAGCAGUCCAACUUCAACAAUGUUAUUAGGUAAUGAAUAUUAAGAAUAUGAAUAUUAUGAAUAUUCAGUACUGCUAACCCAUUUUGUCUGUCUUCUGUCAUAGAAGAUCUCAUAUUAUUUUUCAACCACCGUAGGGAAGAAAAUGAUCUUUCUGCUGUUGCUGAUGUAAUGGUAAUUGUUGCAAAAAUUUUAAUAUCUGGAUAAAAUAAAUCACAAUAUACCAAUGUAUCAAUAGCAGUUUUGGGCUUUGGAUUUUCUAUAUUGGUCCAUUUCAUCUUCCAGAGUACACGCGAUACGAAAAAAUAAAGUCUAAACCUUCAAAAUCAGUGCGUGAAUACUUUGGAAACAACGAGUGUGUAUAUAUUAUGGAUGCCAAAAUUAGAGGCAAUAUUGGACGUUAUUUCAAUCAUUCGUGUUCUCCAAAUAUAUUUGUCCAAAAUGUAUUCGUUGAUAUGCAUGACUUACAGUUCCCAUGGGUAUCGUUAUUUGCACACAAAAACAUACUGGUGGGAACAGAACAGACGGGUUCCACAAAAAUAAUAUGCAAUUGUCAGUCUCGAAAAUGUAGAGGGAGAUUACUUUAAAUAUGUAUACGUAAUAAUAAAUUGAAUAAAUCAACAAGUUAAUUAUAUUUUAUUUAUUAUUCUCAUGAAAUUAUUAUAAUUUCUACUAAUUUAAUUUUAAUGAGACAAAGAUUUAAGAGGACACUAACCUAACUUAAAAGUUUGAUAACAGGUCAAUUCACUCUUAAUAUCAAAACUAACAGCACACUAACUAGUGAAUGAAAAUUUGAUAUAUUGUACAUGUGUAAGACAGGGACAACAAAUGCAUGGGUAGCGUCCUCUUAAAUUAAAGUA